UUUAACUGGGCUCAUGUACAAUGCUUAAUCCGGCACUGGCUACGCUAUCACAGUGUUGGUAAAAUUACUUAUACUGACUAACUGCUAUUGCUCGUUCGCUGGUUCGAUCCCGAUCGACGACAACAACGACAAACACGACGACGACGAUGAAGAAAAACAACGAUGACGGCAACGGCAAGACAAGGCAAGGCAAAGCGAUAGGUAAAGGCGAGGCGACUACAGUGCGGCAGAGGUAGAGGUGUGUGAGUGAGAGAGGGGGCAGCACAGGUCCGUGUAGAGUACACGGUGCGACGGACGUUUAGUUGUAUCGUGGACUUUGUUAACAUUGCGCGCGCAUAUACACAGAAUCAACGACGCUCUCCAGAAAAAUAUAUCCACAGCAGGCAGACUUUGGCGGCCCAUCAGUGCGUGGCAACAAUUAACAUUAACAGAGCGUACUCAUUUCCAUAUAUAAAAGUAUAAUAAUAACUGUGCACAUUUAAUUAGCGAGAGCUUUAUUACAGUCAGCGCCGCAAAGAGCCGGCUCAUUUUAUAAUUUUUUUUUAUUUGUGUUUUUAUUUUGACAAUUCACAAGGCCUGUGUCGGGAGGAUCGGGAUCAGAGAACAUUUCACACGCGACAACAAACUCCUCAAGAUACCAACAAGAUCAAGACUUGAACGACACGAUAAUAAUACGAUGACAAAAGUCAAUAAAUAGGGUGUUGUUUGCUUUGUUUAAGUAUGCUUUCGUGUUGGUCUUCAUAACAAUUCAUUCGUGGGAUCAUAUAUCGUGUGUUGUGUAGUUGUGUGUCGUGUUUAUUGUUGUUUUUUUUUUGUUGUUGUUAUUAUUCUUCUUGUUGUUGUUGUUUUUAUUGUUUGACUUGUGCUGCUGCUCUCUUAUACACAGUGAUCUUGUCUGACAGAUGCAGAUGAAUUAUUACUCUCCCAGAUACAUUUAGCUGUCAAAUUGAUACGAAACAAAAAACAACAAAACAAACACUUGUUGAAUUAAAACAAACACUUGUAGAUUUUUUCCUGAUUUUGUGUGAUUUUUUUUUUACAAAAACGAAACAUUAAUUCCCCUUCUUCAACAUUCUCUUCAGUCUGACGCCGAUCAACAAAAGUGAUUUAUGGUCGCGUGUCAUCUGUGAAUUUCAUGUUCAUAUCGUCCGUCCUGUCCGUAUACACUUUUUGUUCUUCGUUUUGUUUUGUUGUUGUUGUCUAUGCGUAGGUGUGUAGUAUUGGCAUACAACUGAAGUUAACUCCAACUCUCAACUGCGGUAUCCCACUGUGAGCGGAACAUUAUGGAGCAAAUUGCCGUGAGCGAUAUGCAGCACCAGCAGAGCACAGCCAGCUUGGUUACGACCAGCAAUGCAGGCUCAGCGGACUACAAUUGCUUAUCAAUUGUGGGUGGAAAAAUGCGCAAUAACAUGGGAAGUGCAGGCAGCAGUUCCCUCUCUUCGUCUUUGGUAGAAAUCGGAGAACCUGUUGCCGUAAAUGCCGGUGGCGUUGAAGCUAGUUCUGAUUCGGAUUCCCCUACAAUGUAUUCCUCGUCUUCAUCGUCGAGAACCAAUUCCAAUUCAAUGGCCAACAAUGCGUCGAAUGAUCUGGCAGCAGCUGCUGCAGUUGUUCUCUCGCUGCAAGGAACGAUGGUAUCCAGUUUGCAGCAGGCAGCAAUGCUGCCUGUCAAUUCUCCAGCUGCAGCUGCCCUCAACUUGCAGGCACUGGAGUCGUAUCUAGCUUUGCAACGCAUCACUGGAAAGUCGGAUGUGUUUCGCAAUAGCAACCAGGAGCAGGCCAAGUCGGAGCUUACCAGCGAUCUUGGCGACUGCGAUGAUCUCAAUCUGCUCGAGUCCGAUGAGCAGCUGUCAUUUGAAUCGACGAUAGAUGCAACAGCUGUUGACGGGUUGCAAGGACUCGACACAACAUACAAUAAUCUAAUGAUAAAUGCCACAACAAGCUCAUCCUACAAUCCAUCGCAUUCGGAAACUUUGCAGGCAGCGAUGCUGCACGACAAGAUGCUUCUCAAUUCUUCACAGACGUCUGCUGCGUCGUCGUCGUCGUCCAGCUCGAAACGUUACCUGCCCUCUUCAUCAUCAACGUCAUCUGUCAAAAGCCUGCCCAGUCUAUCAUCCUCCUCCGCAUCGGCGUCAUCUUCCACAUCAACUGUCACAACAGCGGCGGCAACGCAGCAGACAUCUGUUGCGUCUACAUCAGGAACAGCGGUCAUGGGCAACCAGCAGCAACGCUCAAAGAAACAAUUCAUAUGCAAGUUCUGCAAUAGACAAUUCACAAAGUCCUACAAUCUUCUCAUCCACGAGCGCACCCACACCGAUGAACGCCCCUAUUCUUGUGAUAUUUGCGGCAAAGCCUUCCGCCGGCAGGAUCACCUUAGAGACCACAGAUAUAUCCACUCUAAGGAGAAACCAUUCAAAUGCACCGAAUGCGGAAAGGGUUUCUGCCAAUCACGCACUUUAGCUGUCCACAAAAUUCUACACAUGGAAGAAUCCCCCCACAAAUGUCCGGUAUGCAAUCGCAGCUUUAACCAGCGUUCAAAUCUCAAAACACAUCUUCUAACCCACACCAAUAUCAAGCCUUACAACUGCGGCUCCUGUGGCAAAGUAUUCCGUAGGAAUUGUGAUCUCCGACGUCACAGUCUAACCCAUAAUCUGACAUCGGGUGGUAAUGGUGGUCUGGGUCUCAAUGAAUCCCAAGAGACGAUCAUUAUCAGCAGCAGUGGUAGUGACAGAAAUGUUGGCCUUGAACAGGAACACAUUGUCGAAUAGAACAUCAACUCAACAUCUAUCGAAUAAUCUUGACAAUUUACACUAAAAUAGAAAGAAAAAAUAUAUCUCUAUCUCACUCUCUCAAUAUUGUGAUCGUUCAAUAUGUCAAAACUUGGAAUCAUUUGCAUUUGUAUAACCUAUUUCUAGGUAAAAAAGCUGACGCAGACUGUAAAUAGUUUUUUUGUUUGUUUGUUUCCUUCUCGUUCUAUCGCAUUGUCUUAGAAAGAGAUAUAAGCUAAAUGGAAUUUUGCUACACAAUAAAAAAGAAAAAAGGAUGCUUUCUAAGAGCGCCCUCUAGAUUAAGCUAUUUAGAUUAUAAGUUAAACGAAAAAAUAUA